CUGGUCAAAAUGUCGCUUUUCUGUUUUGGUUUAUUCGUGCAAUAAAGGAAAAUAAAAACUCACGUUAUCCAUGGUUUUAAUAACUGAUUCCUUUAAAUAUUGUUGUAUCAAAAGCUUUGAUUGAAUAAGCUACAAACGAGCGUCAUGAAUACUGCUGCACCAACAUCAGCUGAUGCUUGCUUGAGCAUUGUGCAUUCACUGAUGUGCCACCGCCAAGGUGGUGAGAGCGAAGGAUUCUCAAAACGUGCCAUAGAGUCGCUAGUAAAGAAGCUAAAAGAGAAAAGAGAUGAGCUGGACUCUCUGAUAACUGCAAUCACUACAAAUGGAGCACACCCCAGUAAAUGUGUUACUAUACAAAGAACAUUGGAUGGCAGGCUACAGGUCGCUGGCCGUAAAGGGUUCCCACACGUUAUAUAUGCACGUAUAUGGCGCUGGCCUGACCUUCAUAAAAAUGAACUCAAACAUGUGAAAUUCUGCCAGUUUGCCUUUGACCUAAAAUGUGAUUCUGUCUGUGUGAACCCUUACCAUUAUGAGAGGGUUGUGUCCCCUGGCAUAGAUCUUUCAGGCCUGACGCUGCAGUCCGGUCCGAGCAGGCUCGUUAAAGAUGAGUACACUGCUGGCAUAAGUGGGAAUGGCAUGGACAUGGACACCGGCGAGCUGGUGACCAUACAACACCAUGCUACCAGUCCACGACAUCACCAUUCGUCCAUCCCACUUCAUCAUCAACAGUUCCAAACAACAAAUAUAAUCAUCAAUCAAGGACAAACGCCAGAGGGCGUACCGAAUAUGUUCUCCCCGACGCACGGGCCUCGUCCACAAAUAAGACCCGGUGCUCAGCUACCACCACAGAUGGGACAUUCUCCAGGGCCCCAGCAAAUGAUCUCAGCCCACCCUAACAGCCAAAUGCCAACACCGCAGAUGGUCCAAGGCAAUAUGUCGGGGACGGCCCAAAUGGGGCAGGGGACGCCGCAAAUGGGCCCGAAUCAGCCCCAACUGAGGCCGCCUACGCCUCAAAUGGGUACGAACGUGCCCCAAAUGGCGUCGCCUAGGAUGGCAUCGGCUCCCACUCAGAUGUCACCUGGGACUCCUCAGUUGCCUAAUAUGAAUCAAGGCAUGUCGAUACCCAGCCCCCAACAGAUGGCGUUGGCGCAACAAAGGGCCAUAGCCCCCAAACUCGAGCCCCCGGAUACUAUGGACGCGAGGGCGAUAUGGCUGCCAAAAAUAAUGAACCAUUCGGCCCUCCCGGUCACAAUGUCACCAGGUGGCACCACGCCACUGAUAGACGGAUCGACCACGACAUUCUUCACCACAGAACAGACCACAGCCGAUACUCAACUGACGCAGACACUGCCCGCGGGUACGGUGGCAGUAUCGCCAGUGGCCGUAGAAACGUCCCAACAGAACGGUUUCGCGACGGCCGGCAGCCCGGCGCCGCAGCCGAGCCCGCUGCCGCAUCGCACGCCGCAGCAGCCAUCGCAACAACAACAACAACAACAGCAACAGCAGCAGCAAGGUACUUGGACUGGUAACAACACGUUGACGUAUACGCAAAGCCUGGCGCCGCCCCCCGCAGCGCCUGUGCCCAUAGAUGCGCCCGCGCAUCACCAUCAUUACUAUAAUGGCAACCCCGGUGGUUUGCUGUCAAGUCAACCUGCGCCAGAGUACUGGUGUUCCGUCGCCUACUUCGAGUUGGACACUCAAGUUGGAGAAACGUUCAAGGUUCCUUCUAGUAGGCCCAACGUUACGGUGGAUGGCUACGUGGACCCUUCAGGCGGCAACAGAUUUUGUCUCGGAGCACUCAGCAACGUUCACAGAACAGAACAGAGCGAGAGAGCGAGAUUACAUAUAGGUAAAGGCGUGCAGUUAGACCUCCGGGGCGAAGGUGAUGUUUGGCUCCGAUGUCUGUCGGAUCACAGCGUGUUUGUACAGUCGUACUAUCUGGACAGAGAAGCUGGCAGAGCGCCCGGAGACGCAGUCCAUAAAAUAUACCCUUCAGCUUGCAUCAAGGUUUUCGACCUGCGGCAGUGUCACAGACAGAUGCAGACGCAGGCGGCGACGGCGCAAGCGGCAGCCGCGGCUCAGGCGGCUGCCGUCGCGGGGCACAUACAGCCCCAGCACCCAAGCAUGAACAAGUGUUUGACAGCAGCAGCGGGUAUAGGGGUCGAUGACCUCCGGCGACUCUGCAUAGUGCGGUUAUCGUUCGUGAAGGGGUGGGGCCCUGACUACCCGCGCACUUCUAUCAAGGAGACGCCCUGCUGGGUAGAGGUGCAUUUACACAGGGCAUUACAACUGUUGGACGAGGUUCUGCACACGAUGCCAAUCGACGGCCCUCGGAACAACAUCGAGUAGGAGUUGAUCGGCUUCUUUUGAGGCCUUGAGCGAGCACAUCUGCAUGUGCGCUUUUGUUUCCACAAACUGUUUGAAAUCUGCUCGAAUACAAUCCGAGCAGCACUGAAAUAUGGAUUGAUCGAGUGAAGUGAAGUGAUGUGAUGAAAAGUGAUUUAUUAACGUUAUUGAUGAUUGUUUACUAUCAAAGUAUAAAAAAAUAUUUAUCCUUUCUUUUAUAACGAGAUGCCAUAAUUAGCAUUUAUAGAUAAUAAUGUGAUUAUAUAUUUUAUUUUUCAUCUCAGAUACUAUUGGUCGUUGCCAAAUAGAAGGCUUCCAAAUUAUUUUUUUAUUAUUGUUCUUCUUUCGUCUUCCUUCUUCUAGUUUUUCUCAAUUAACGUGUGUCAUAUUAUGUUUGGUCAUGGAAAGUGUUUAAAAGUUGGGACUCAUGAAACAAAACGCACAUUGACUUUUAAAGUGAUUUCGCGUUUAUAAAGAGGUGAACUUAUAAUUUAUGUCUUGUGUUUAUUUAAUACUAAGUAGAUACACUAUUGUAAGGGUAAAUAUAAAGUAUAGAUUUAUGUAACAGUAUUGCGACAGAACAAACUAAAGAACACACAGAGAUCUCAGUAAAAUAUUUUUCACAAAAGUUAAAUAGAUGGGAGUGUUUGCGAUAGUUCCGAAAAUGUCGGCAGUAGCGGUAAUAUUGUGGCGCUAGUGUGAUAUGUAACUAACGCCAUCUGCGAGGCACGUUUUCGCCUGCGAUUGUUUUCGGCACUUUUGCACCUAUUAUCUGAUAAUUAUGUAAGAUAUUAGUGUAUUAUACGAUACGAUAGAAAACGAGUUUGCCUGUCGUUGCUCAAGCAUGAGUUUGUCGUGUUAUUUUUUUUAUUGUAAUUAAAGCAUUAUUUUAUAAAGCAAAUUUUAGUAACAGCGAUACCAAAAUAAGGCAUUUUUGUACUAAAAUAGUAGGAGUACAUUAAAUGACAAGACAUAAUUAUGGUUCAACUUGAAAGAAGCCAAAUGGAAUACAAGCUUUUUAGAUUUUAAGUGUAACUUAAGGAGUUGAAUAGGAUAGGUACAAAGUAACUUAUGUUAAAGUUAAGUUAUGUGGGGCGUGCGUUGUAGGUGAGGCUGUAUUUUUGUUAGCUUGAUGUGCCUGAUUGGUGGAAUUGCAUGGAUUGUGUAAAUUUCACUUUGCCAUGUUUGACCACAUUUUUUUUCCAAAUUAAGUGACUGGUUGUUUUACCUACUUUAAGUCAAGCUUCAAUCAUUUAUUUCGAUGAUGUGACUUGAUGGACACUCAAUAAUUGAGUUCAGGUGAAUAAAAGAAGCACAUGUUCCCACCUUCCUACAAUCUGAGGUCCUUUAAAAGAGACAUGAAGAAUCAUUGCAGGUUGGCAAGGUGAGGAUGGUUGGUUUGGCAGUUUAUAACUGCUGCACCAGCUAUCUUAGCAUUUGAACUUUACCACCACUUAACAUCAGGUGGGACAGAGUAAUUUGUUUACCUAGCUAUAUAACAAAGGAACAUGGUUGACAUUUUUGUAUUUAAAUUCAUGUCACUUAAUUUUUUAUGAAUAUCAAAUAACACAAUUUCUAUAUGACUAAAAAGAGAUGUUGCUUAUAAAUGUAUAUAGUACAAAAUAUGAAAUAAAACGAGAAAUAGAGACAAGUGAAAUUUUGCAAUACACAAUACUACAUUUUCUAAGUAAGGCAAAAUUCAUGAAAUAGACAUGGUGCCUAUAUUCGCUUCGAUAAUGUUAAAACUGGUGGUCGAGACAACAUAAUGCAGGGGACGCAAGAAGUAAUAAAAAUAUACCAAAAAGCAAUAUUAGUCAGUAAGUGCAUAAAUGUUCUCCGAUUUCAUGUGAAUUUAUUAUGUUAAUACUACAACAACAGAGAAAACAGAAAUAAUAAUUUAAUAGAUAUUAUAAACGGCCAUGUUUUGGUAUUGCAAAUAUAGGAGACCAUCACAAAGACAUUUGCUUCUAAAUUAAAGGUGACCAACGGUGACGACUCAACCAUAAAACGUAAAAAUUAUUAGCAGUUUGGUCCAUGCGAUUUCGCCAUUUUCUUUUUGAUGAUCUGUGAUGUGCUAACGAAAUGUGUUAAUAACACUUUAAGGACACGCGCGCCCAAGAUCUCCGAAUAAGGAGCAACUCUUAUUAAUAUUGCAAGAUGUUAGAAAACGUAAGGAUAAAUGACAUAUUUUGUGUACGGAAACUUAGUCCUUAAUUUAAUGGUGUUUGUGGUACUUUAGGGCCUAGAAACCUUUAACACUUUACAGGCGUUUCGCGUACAUUUUCAUUGAUAAGAUGUGUGUGACGUGUCAUAAAGUUGUAACCGAUUCUCGCCCUUAUUUGAGAUUUUCGUAGUUGGCUUAAGUUUGCUUUAAUUAUUAUUACAUGCAGGUUAGGUUAUUAUUUUGUGUUGAAACAUUUUUAUAUAAUUGUUAGUGAAAGUUAGCGUUUUAGAAUUUUUUAAUUAAAUAUUAUCUUUUAAUAAUGGACAUUAUGACGGAUUGUAAGCUAUAAGCAUUUUUAUAUAAACAAGGGGUGUUUGAUAAAUCAUAUGAUUUUAAAAAGAACCUUAUUUGUAUUGAUAUAUCUACAAAAAAAAUCGUCAAUAACUACUAUUCAGAUCUUCAAAUUUAGCACCUAUAUAUGUAAGUGUUGUUGUUUUGCAGACAGAUAGGCGCUAAAAAUUAAUGCUUAAUAAGGCCCGCUUUGUCACAUUUUUUUGAUGACCCAAAUAAUGUGACAAUAUUAACAUUAAUCACACUUAAAAGGUAAUUGAUGUUUUUUUAAGUGAAUUGGUCUUUUUGUGAUUGAAAUACAAGUGUUAAUUCUCAUUUAUGAGACAAAAUUCCAAAUACUAUAUAUAGCGAUAAAGUCGAGCUUUUAAGGCAUACCUACCCAAUUUUAAAAUGCAUUUCUAUGGAAUUAUCAAACAACCCUGAUUAAAAUCCAGAUUUAAGUACAUACAGCUAUGUGGUUUUUGAUUUGUUGAAGAAUGAUACAUCACAAUGUUUUUAUUUUUGUUAUUGCUAUAUAAAAAUAUGUAAUUUAGUUUAUGCCUGAAUUAAUUUUAUGAUAAUUCACGAUUAUGAUUGUUACCAAUGACAAUGUAAAGAAUUCGGACUAUUCAAGAUACUUUUCUUUUUUGUUUUGUAAAUAGUACAAUUUGUUGUGAGUAUUUUUUUUUGUAAUUUAACCAUAUUAAGGCGACGUCCUAUAUUAAAAAAAAUAAAUUAAUAAUUACAGGUUUGUGCAACUCGGUACUUAUUGUAAUCUUAAAAGUUCAUCUUUAGAUGGCUCCAAAAAAAAUUGUUUAUCAAAAAUACCUCUUUGUAGUGAUCAAAAGGAUUCGAAGGGUUUAUUAAUAAAUGAUAUUAAUAAGUCGUAAGUUUUUUAAUAAUGUUGAAGUUUUGAUAAUAUAUUUGUCAAAUUCUACAAGCGACAGUUAUGUUACCGGACCGUUUUGGGAUUCUCUCUUACAAUUUUAUGCGGCAACCAUGGAUUGCAGUUGUUUGGAGAUAUACCGAAGUUAUCCAAAGUUGAUGAUGCCUGAGUACCCAGAUACUUCUUUGUUGUUCCCGCGAGAACGACAAGUCAAAGAUAACGCUUUUGUAAAUACUUCUCGGCCAGCGUUAGAAUUGAAAUAAAUAAGUUAGGUAUGGUAUUGCAGCAAUCUUCAAUUUAACAUUGGGUAUCAAUAUACCUAACUACUGAUUGAUUGUUUUGUUAGGUUUUUUUUAUGUAUCAUCGUUUUCAAUUCACCAUUGCGUAGACGAUGAUAGUGUCAAAAAAUAUUUUUAUCUAAAGUGUAUAUUGAAAAUCUAGUUUGAUUAUUUUUUGUAAUCUGUCUAUAAGACAUUAUUUUUAUAUUGCUAAAUGUCAUGUCUCGAAUUACUUGGGUUUUACUCUGAGAUGUUUUAUCCGAUCCCAACUUUAGUUGAUACUGAUUAAGUAUGUUAGAAUAACAAAGCAUGUUUGUUAUAAAGAGAUAAAUGGCAUUCAGUGUGUAGAAAACCUUUUCAGGCCCUUUAUUUACUUCAGAACCUGAUUGAAUUAAAACUGGGACCUUAAAGUAAGUUUUCGCCUACCAUGAUUUGUUUCAUUUGAUAGCUGGGAAAGAGGUAAGUUAUGUCACAUUGACAUUUAUCUUUAGCUCUGAAGGGAUAAUAGAAUCUGUUAAAAUUACACAAUUACCCUUUGAUAAGAGUAAGAUAUCAAAAGUGAAGGGAAUACGUCUUACACCAACCAAAUACAGCUCAUAUUGUAUUAGAUUUAAGUUCCAAAUUGAGGUGUUGCACUCGCAUUUUUUCUAUUUCUUAAUUGAAAAUUAUUGUAGUUGCUGUUUAUCAAUAAUUAUAACAAAAUUAAGAGAGUUGAUACGAAUUACAGAGGAUAAUAUACUUUAAAACAUAAGUGCAAACUCACACUGUACAAAUAAAGAAACUGAAAUACAAGUAACAAUUUAUUGUUCGAUGAUAAACACAUAAAAUUGUAUUUAAUAGUUACAUCAUAAGGAGUAUUGUAAUAUAACUUUUGCUUUACGCGUCGACUGCUGGGGAUACCCGUGAAAAUUUGGAUAAAAAUAAGUUUCCUCUGCACACUAUCCAUCUUACUGGAUCUAGCAUGCGGGACAGCGCUAUACGCGUGAAAGAGAUGAAGAUACAGGAUCUCUUUUACGUGUUUAGCGCUGAAGACGGAUAGUGCGUAGAGGACAUUGUUGUUUAUGGGGGAAAAUGCGAUUUCCAUAUUUUAAAAUAAAUCUUAAGUAGGUAAGUAAAUAUUGGUUUUAAGAGAAUCAUCUUGUUGUUUGUCAUGUGAAAAAAUCUAAUGCAAAUAUUCAUUUUUUAAAAAUACAAAUAUGUUUCAAUGGUGUUAUUUUAAAUGUUAAGCUUAGAAUCUAUAUUAAAAGCUUAAUUAACAAUAUCUCCAGCAGACGAUAGUAAAGCACACCAAGGUUGUUUCAAAGAAUGUUGGUAGUUCUGGAAUUGUUUUUUCUGUAUUGUUUGAUGCGUGGACGGUUUUCACCGCUCGGAAUAACAUAGCCAUAAGUGCAUAGUUAUUAAGAGUGAUGCUGUGAGACAGAAAUGAAUAUAAAGGUUAUUCCUCUAA